CAGGAAGCAAAUCACAAUAAAACAAAGUUUGCUGAUAAUUUUUAAAGAAAAGUGUGCAAUUUACGUCUAUAAUCAGUAUUAAAUAAGCUAAUAGGGCCUUGUGCAAAAAUCGUACAAGGGGCAGUGCAAAAAUCGUACAUUUAUUCUGUCAAAUAUCAUACCAAAACAACUCCAUUCCACGAUCCAUUCCCAAAAAACCCCCGGCGUUUCCGUGCUCAUUUGUAUGUGUGUGUUGUGCACGUGCUACAGGUGCCCAACACAAACAAAGCACGAUCCUCGGCUGUAAAUUACACAAUCUAGCCAAGCUGCAAUGAUUCCAGCGUAAAGUCGCGCUCGCUAUUUACUAUUCAUUGCCCACACACGCCGGACGCUCGCUUUCUCGCUCUCUCUCGCUCUCCGAUUCUCCACAAUCUGCAAAUCAUUCCCCGAUUGAAGACCCGUGCACCAUGACGUCGGCAAGACUGCACAGCAGCAUAUUCCAUCCCACCCUGCGAAAACUCCAGUGCCAGGAUGUGGCCAUCGCAGCGCACAACCUGAUGUACCCGGUGUUUUUGGUUGACGACGAUGAUGCAGUCCAGCCCAUUCCAAGCAUGCCGGGAGUGGCCCGGUACGGUCUCACCACCCUGCUGGCCCACCUGGAACCGCUCGUUGCGAAGGGUCUGCAAUCGAUCCUGCUCUUCGGUGUGGUUGAUAAAAUGCCCAAGGACUCCACCGGUUCGGGUGCCGAUUGCGCCACCAAUCCGGUGAUACGCGCCCUGCCCCGUCUGCGGGCAGCCUUCCCCGAGCUGCUGAUUGCGUGCGACGUCUGCCUCUGCCCGUACACCGACCACGGCCACUGCGGUGUGCUGACCGCCGACGGGCUUAUCGACAACGGGCCAAGCAUUAAGCGCAUCGCCGAAAUUGCCCUAGCGUAUGCACAGGCCGGUGCGCACAUUGUUGCACCGUCCGACAUGAUGGACAAUCGCAUUGGCGCGAUAAAGGAGGCACUGAGGGGGAGCAAUCUCGAAAACCGUUGCUCCGUGCUGUCGUACUCGGUGAAGUUUGCGUCCGGCUUUUAUGGGCCGUUCCGGGAUGCGGCCAAAUCGGCACCGGCGUUCGGCGACCGGAAGUGCUACCAGCUGCCACCGGGCUCGAAAGGCAUAGCAAAACGGGCUGCGAAACGUGACGUGGAGGAAGGCGCCGACAUGCUGAUGGUGAAGCCGGGCAUGGCCUACCUCGACAUUGUGAAGCAGGUGAAGGACGACUAUCCCGAGCUUCCGCUGUUCAUCUAUCAAGUUUCGGGCGAGUACUCGAUGCUGCUAAAUGCCGGCCAAAUCGGUGCCUUUGAUCUGAAGACUGUCCUGUGGGAGGUGCUGGUCGGUAUGCGCCGGGCCGGUGCCGACUGUAUCAUUUCCUACUUCACGCCGCUCGUGCUAGACUGGCUGAAGGAAUGAGAUUCCCCUUUGUCCUCGUGAUGCUGAUAAUAGUGAUAACGUUUUGAUUUGGUGUCGGGAACAUCAGUAUAUGUUUGUAUCGACAAAGCA